AUGAACGCUCCCGCAGGAGGCUUGUCGCCCAUCUCCGUCGAUGGCAGCGACUGGUCGGGCCUAAAUCAGUACCAGAAGCCAGAUCCGCCCUUCUCCCCGACCAUCUCAACGCGAGGCACCUUGGCCACUCCUCCCACGUCCGGCGCACCCAGCUCCCCUCUGAGUCCAAACAGCGUGGGACCUCCCAGCAAUGGCAAUCCUUCUCCUCCCAGCUCGGUGGCAGCCCGAUCCAGUGUCGGAACCAUCAACAGUGACGCCGGCGGCCGUCGAGGCCGGAAAAUGGAGGAUAUUAUGCAUCAGCACUACGUGACGUUGAAACGGUUUCUGGACGCUUCAUUGCGGGAAGAACGACUGAACGGCCGCUCCAACAAAGCUCGGGACAAGCUCCUGCGUCUCUCUGCGACUCAGUUCCAUGAACUGAGUACUGACGUUUAUGAUGAACUGGUUCGCCGCCAACAAGCCAUGCCUCCGCCGGGCCGCCCUGCUCGUACCGAUGUACCUUCCUUCCUCCCGCCUCGCAAAGAUUUCCACGAGAAGCGCAACCAUGCUCGCCAAAAACUCGCAUCUCUGCAGCACGCGCGCUUUCGAGAUCUGGCGACGGAUGUCUUCUGUGAGCUGGAACGCCGAUUCCCACACUUCACAGGCCGCCCACGACUGCCACCGCCAGGCUCCAGAUCGUCGCAGUCGCGCGGUCCCCCUCAGGCGGGUCGUGGAUAUCCUUCCGGGGGUCCUCCGGGGAGUCCGUUCCCGCCACGACAGGUCUCGUUGGGCGCUCCGCCGGUUGGGCCAAAUGGAGAGGGCCCGGUUCCGCGAGCGUUUCAGAGCAACACCAUGGUGCCCAAUAAAAGUACAAUGGUGGAGGAUAGCGAUGACAUGGGAGGUGAGGACGAUGAGGAUGCGCGGAGUGACGCUUUUGCGCUCGAUGCAGUCCUCAGUCGACGUGGAACAACGACAACGCUCGGGGAGAGUGAACGGAAGCUGCUUUUGGAUAGCCAGACACAGGUGUCCGUCUUGCAGGAAAAGGUUGAGAAAUUGGAGGAACAGCUUCGCUUGAAAGAUGACGAGAUUGCCCGUGGGUCAAGUGCCGACCAGUCUACAAUUAGCCACAGUGAGCGUCAGGAAUGGGACGAUCUCCGACAGGACCUGGAGAGCAAAGUCUCCAAGGCCGAGGAUCUCAAUCAUUCUCUACAGGAAGAGCUUGAAAAGAUGCGAGCAGAACAUGACCGGAUGGAACGGGACCUUCGCAAUCAGCUCGAACAAGCGAGCCAGAGUGCGGGAGAUCCGGUGCUAGAGGCCCGUUAUUCGGAACUGGAGAUGAAACAUCAAAGUCUUCAAGCGGAGCUGCAACACCAGCAGCAGGUCUCCGCGGAUGUUCGCCGCGAGGCUUCGGGAUUCCUUACGGAGAUGAGAAACCUGACCACCCAGCAUCAUACCAAUUUGGAGCGAGAGGAGCGCUUGUCAGUUGAUGUCCAUAGGCUCGAGAAUGAGGUCAACGAAUGGAAGGAUCGCUAUGCCAAAGCGAAAUCCCAGCUGCGUCACCUGCGCAUUUCGUCCAGCAGUCUUGCUGACCACAAACCCGAUGUCUCCAAGUUGGUCGCUCAAGAACACGAGCUUCUGCAGCCCGAUGGGGUGGUGGAGGAUUUGCACGUUACCAAGUUUCAGAUAUCCAUCGAUGAGUUCUUGCGUGUUGCACGCUCUGACGAUCCUCAGCAAGUUUCACGCCAAGUCAAAGACGUUGUUGUGGCUAUCCGCCGCAUCAUGCAUGAUGUGGAUCAGGCUCCCUCUCCAACGGACGGCUCGGCCGCCAUGCGCAACAAGGCCAAGGGACGCGUCGCUGUGACUGCGAAUAAUGUGAUCACUGCGGCCAGGAACUUUGCCCGUUCUAGUGGCCUUUCGCCGGUGUCUUUGCUGGACGCCGCUGCGUCGCAUUUGAGUACCGCCGUCGUGGAGUUGAUCCGUCUUGUAAAAAUCCGUGCAUCCUCGGUAGAUACUCUGGCCGAAGACGAUGAGCAAGACCUCGCACAGGAGAAAUCAUUGGGAUAUUUCAGCAUCACACCCAGUCAACGACCCCUCAGCAAUCACUCUGAAUAUAGCGUUCUGAGCCCUCCGGAUGAACGGUCAUCAUCCAUUCCGCAAGAGACGAAUAACACUCAUGGCUACAAUUAUGGGCUGCCACAGGGAGACCAUGAGCUUCAGGAGCUAAAGCUUUAUGUUGAGGACCAGACUGAUAGCAUGGUUCAAUCGAUCCAAGCCCUGGUUGCAAGCAUCCGUGCGGAGCAUGGCCUGGACACUGUCCAGAUCUACGUCAGUGCCAUUGGAAACAUCGUUUCCAACGUGGUCUCGUCCACGGAAAAUUUGGUGCAUGACCGAAGCGGAGAUGUGUCUCUUCGCGAGCAGUCUCAACCCGUGAUCAAGAGCCUGGAACAGUGUCGGGAUCGCUUGGCGAAGACCGUCGCCGAGGGCCACAACGCCACCAGUCCGGAGCAUCUGCGUGAAGUGACCAACCAGUUGCCUCCGCUUGCCUUUGAAACCGCCCGUCACGCCAAGGAUCUGAUUCAGCGACUGGAGUCACUGGCACUUGAAGACGAUGACGAUGAUUUCCGAUAA